AUUACAGGAACACCACGCGCCGCCGCCAUGGUGCGCCGCCGCAUCCUUGUUGUAACAUAUCCGGCACAAGGCCACAUCAAUCCAUCUCUCCAAUUCGCCAAGCGACUCAUUCAGACGGGCAUGGAGGUCACUUUCGUCACCAGCCUCUCCGCCCGCCGCCGCAUCACCAAAACCACUGGACCACCAAAGGAUUUCAACUUCGCCGCCUUCUCUGACGGCUAUGAUGAUGAUGAUUCCAAACGAAGUAAUACUGAUCCCAAAAAAUACCAGUUAGAGAUCAAGAACCGUGGAUCACAAACUCUCAGGGAAAUCAUCAAAGCUAGUGCCAAUGAAGGCCGUCCGAUCACUUGUUUGGUCUACAGCCUCCCCCUCCCCUGGGCUGCAAAGGUGGCGCGUGAGUUUCACAUCCCAUAUGCACUUCUUUGGAUUCAAUCAGCCACAGUUUUGGAUAUAUAUUACUAUUACUUUAAUGGCUGUUUUGAUAUCACUGUCGAAAAUUGCAAAGACCCAUUAUGGUCUAUUGAGCUACAAGGACUGCCGUUGGUAAAAAGCCAUGACCUUCCCUCUUUUAUACUUCCUACAAACUCAGAAAUGUUCAUCAAUGCUCUCCAAUUAUUUAAAGAGCAGGUUGAAGCACUAGAUGAAGAAACCAACCCAAUAGUUCUUGUUAACUCUUUCGAUGCACUAGAACCAGAGGCCUUAAAAGCCAUCGAUAAGUACAAUUUGAUUGGGAUUGGGCCGCUAAUUCCUUCUGCCUUCUUAGAUGGAAAAGACCCAUCAGACACUUCUUUUGGGGGUGACCUUUUUGAGAAAUCAAACGCGUAUACCGAGUGGUUGAACUCGAAGCCUAAAUCAUCGGUUGUUUACGUAUCAUUUGGAAGCAUUUUGUCUCUACCAAAGAGGCAAAUGGAAGAGAUCGCACGAGGGUUGUUAGAGAGUUGCAGGCCAUUUUUGUGGGUGGUUAGAGCGAAGGAGAACGGAGAAGAGGAGAGAGAAGAAGGUAAACUAAGUUGCAUGGAGGAAUUGGAGCAACAAGGGAUGGUAGUGCCAUGGUGUUCUCAAUUGGAGGUAUUAUCACACCCUUCACUGGGGUGUUUUGUCACACACUGUGGGUGGAAUUCUACGUUGGAGAGCUUGGUUUCUGGGGUUUCGGUGGUGGCGUUUCCUCAUUGGUCCGAUCAGACGACCAACGCGAAAAUGAUUGAAGAUGUGUGGAAGACAGGGGUGAGGGUGAAGCCAAGUGGAGAAGAAACUGUUGAGGGUGAUGAGCUUAAGCAAUGUAUAGAGAUGGUUAUGGGAGGUGGAGAAAGAGGAGAAGAAAUGAGGAGAAAUGCUCAAAGAUGGAAAGAUUUGGUGAGGGAAGCAGUGAAGGAAGGUGGAUCUUCGAACAAAAACCUCAAGGCUUUUGUCCAAGAGAUCAGAGAAGAUAGUCAGUGAUUGUAAUCUGUACCCUAUUUUGUUGUAGCUUGCAGG